UGGGAGCACUUCAUGGGACUUGUCGCGACAUUACAAUGGUGAACAAUUAUACAUUUUUCUCCCGCGGGAGCACCGUAUUCUGAAAUGGUCCAUCGCUGCUCCCUCCACAAUUUCGCGGCAAUGCGUUUAACUGGUGUUUGAAAGAAGCCGGCUCGGCUUUGUUCCUGUUGUAUCUAUUGAAAAGACAAAGAUGAUGGCUGUCUCUUCCUCGGAAAACCCUAGGUUCUUCCUCGGAAAACCCUAGGUUUUCUGAUUUAUUAGGGUUUCUGCAUUUUAUGACCAGGAAGAAGAGGUUUUCAUGGUAAUUAUACUGCAUUUUGGGGAAAGAAAUAGUCUUUCAUGGAUGCUUAGACUGUAUUCUUUUAGGGCAGUGUAUAGGCUUCAUGGCAGCUAAUAUCGCCAUGGCUUCUUUGCCUUUGCUUCUGUUUCUUUGCAUGGGUGUUACUGUGUACUCUGAUGCUUUUGAUCAAAGAUACAAACAUGGAGAUUUUGUUCCUCUUUAUGCAACCAAAAUUGGUCCUUCCCAUAAUCCCAGUGAGACUUAUCGGUAUUAUGAUAUGCCCUUCUGUUCACCAGAGCAUGUAACUGAGAAAAAAGAGACUUUUGGAGAAUUUUUGAAUGGUGACCAUUUGGUUGAUGCUCCUUAUAAACUUGAAUUUCGGGUUAAUAAAGAAUCUGAGAUUGCUUGUGGAAAGAAGUUAUCUAAAGGAGAGGUUGCACAGUUUAGAAAUGCGAUCCUAAAGGACUACUACUUUCAAAUGUACUAUGAUGAUUUGCCUAUCUGGAGCUUUUUUGGGAGGACUGAGGAGGGUAACAGAGCUGAUGAGUUUAAAUAUUUGCUAUAUAAAAACAUCAACUUUGACAUACUUUACAACAAUAAUCGUGUUAUUGAGAUAAAUGUUUGGAUCAACUCGUCUGACACACUGGAUAUCACGGAGGACAAGGAAAUUGAUAUGGAGUUCAAGUAUUCUGUGAAAUGGAGAGAAACUGAUAUUUCUUUCAAAGAAAGGAUGGAGAAGUAUGUGAUGUUCUUUUCGACCCACCAUGGCAGGAGUAAUUGGUUUUUGGCCCUAGAUCCGUGUUUGAAUGUUCUUAUCUUCGUUGGUUUAUUUUCUAGCUUUAUCUUUGGGUUGCUUAAGAAAGACAUUGUGAGAUAUUCCCUGGAUGAUGAGGAGUCUGUUUAUGAACAAGAAGAGACUGGGUGGAAGAAUAUUCAUGGGGAUGUUUUUAGAUAUCCAAAGCACAAGUCUUGGUUUGCUGCCAUUCUUGGGUCUGGCACUCAACUGUUGGCGCUUGCAAUCUUCAUCUUUAUCCUGGGUCUUGUUGGUGUCUUCUAUCCAUACAACAAAGGAGUUCUAUCCACUGCUUUGAUUGUUAUAUAUGCACUUACAUCCAGCAUUGCAGGCUACACUGCAACCUCCUUCUAUUGCCAGCUUGACGGAACAAAUUGGGUGAGAUGCCUCUUGUUGACUGGGUGCCUCUUUCCUGCCCCUUUGUUCCUCAUGUUUUGCUUCCUUAACAAUGUUGCUCUGGUGUACAACUUCGCAACUGCUUUGCCAUUUAGUGCCAUUGUUGCGAUUGUUCUCAUGUGGUCCUUUGUGAUGUCUCCAUUGCUCGUUUUGGGAGGGAUUGCUGGUAAAAAUAACAAGACUGAAUUCCAAGCUCCUUGCCGCACUACAAAAUGCCCAAGAGAGAUUCCACCUUUGCCAUGGUAUCAAAAGACUAUUCCUCAAAUGGUGAUAGCUGGAGUUUUGCCCUUCAUUGCCAUCUACAUGGAGCUAUUCCUUGUAUUAGCUAGCAUGUGGGGUCACAAGAUUUAUUAUACAUAUGGCGUCCUCUUUAUGGUAUUUGUUGUUCUUGUUAUUGUCACUGCGUUCGUUGCUAUUGCAUUGGUAUACUUCCAGUUGGCUGCAGAAGACCAUGAAUGGUGGUGGAGGUCUGUAUUACGUGGGGGUUCGACUAGCCUUUUCAUUUUUGGCCAGUGCUUGUAUUAUUACUUUGCACGUACAGACAUGUCCGGGCUCAUGCAAACGUCCUCGUUCUUUGGAUACAUGGCUUGCAUAUGCUAUGGGAUCUUCCUCUUGCUCGGAACAGUUGGUUUCUAUAUAUCUUUGGUGCUUGUGCGAUACUUAUAUGGGUCAAUUAAGUGUGAGUAGUUUACUCUUUGGAUUUUGUUUGGUGCCUAUGCACAUACUUUCUUCUCCCAUUUACCCAAUGAUUUGGCUAAAUAAAUAAUGCUGAGUAUACUAGACAAUUGUUAUUGGGUCAAUAACUCAGAACUUGGAAUUAGUAGGGCUUCGGUGAGGCCUCUGUUAUUAAUCACCUUAGUUUGGGGAUGACGAGCUUUUAUUAUCAGGUAAAGGUUCUUUGUGGCUGUCUUCUAUCUGGGAGAAUUCUUAGGUUUACUAAGAAAGUGCAAUGUAUGUAUUAUUAGCAACUCCUUUCUUCUGAAUGAGAGCUUACCUUACUUAUUUGAUGAUCAGCAUGUCA